AAUGACUUGGUGGACAAAAUCGCAAAGGAUUGUGGGAAGUUUAGUUCUCGCUGGAUGUCGCUUGGCUGAUAACACCGCGAAAGACUAACGAAGCAAAUUACCACCGCAAAUAAAACAUUAGCCUCGCAUUCAACAUAAACAGAUGCUCUUUAUGCAUCAAAUCCGGAUCCAAUCGGGUGGACUGAGCCUGUUUGCGAAGAAGAACGACUCAUUUUGGGUAAAAAUAAACAGGAAGUUGUUAGCGUUGUGGGACGUGUAGUUCCGCUUGCAGGCCACUGAGCUUUAUAACAGCGUAUAGAAUAAAGAAACAACAUUUAAAUAAGCUAAACUUAACCCGAACACUUUGUGUUUGGCAUUGGCGUGGCAGUAAACAUGCCCGGGUUCACCUGCUGCGUGCCUGGGUGCUACAAUAACUCGCAUCGGGAUCGGGAGCUGCGCUUCUACACAUUUCCCAAAGACACCACGCUGAGGGAGAUGUGGCUGAGGAACAUCUCCCGGGCCGGGGUCAGCGGCUGCUUCAGCACCUUCCAGCCUACCACGGGGCACCGAGUCUGCAGCGUGCAUUUCGCCGGUGGGAGGAAGACCUACACCGUCAGAGUGCCGUCCCUCUUCCCUCUGCGGGGCGUGAAUGAGCGCAGGAGUCGACGGGGCAGAGGCAGGAAAGUGUCUGCGGCAGCUGCUGCUCCUGCCCCCGCUGCUGCAGCCACCUCCGGGAUUGUUAUCACCAACGUCCUGGGUACCACGGCAGAAGGAGCCGAGGGCAACACUGGAGGCGAGGCGAGCGACGACAGCAUCACCGUGGUGCAGAUAGGUCAAAACGGGGAGUACCUGGGCACGGCGCGGCUGCCGAGCCAGACAGAGGGGACUUGUUACGCGGCGCCAAUUGGCACCUCAGAAGAGCCGAUUGGCACCGACGGCUCCAUUCUUGAAACCACGUCCACUUUGCUCCAGCAGCCCGUGCAGUACGUGAGUGUCACUAGCAGCCCACUGGACCACUCGUACUCACUGACCACCGGCACCACGUCUGCAGAGCUGCUGCGUAAACUGAACGAGCAGCGGGACAUCAUCGCACUGAUGGAGGUGAAGAUGAAGGAGAUGAAAGCGACCAUCCGUCAGCUCCGGGUGGCUGAGGCCAAGCUGCAGGAGGAGGUGCGGGAGCGAGACAGGCUGCUGUACGGGGGGAACUCGGUGGCUUUUAGUAUCCGGAAGAAAAUCUGAAGGAUGAACAUAAACCUGAGAGACUCGGACUAGAGAUACCGAGGUGUUUGAAGACUGCAGAUCCAGCUCUAUUUUGUAUAAACACUACGAGCGAUGACAAUUUAUUUUCAGCAAGUAGAACUGACUUUUCGUAGGCCUGAUGUAAAAAAAAAAAAGAAGUCUGCUGGCUAGUUCAUGUAGCUAAUAUGGAUAACCCUCAUUGCUCAUUAUUUAGGAACAUGCACUGUAAUAGGCUAUAUUUAACAUACUCAUAGUAUGCACAGACUGACGUGCAGGCUUACACAUUUAUUACCAGACUGACGAGGGAGAUGCUCAAGACUGCCUAUAGUUUCAUAGAGGGGUUUCUCUUGAAGAUUCUUAUUAAGGUGUUUUUAUUUACCUAUGAACUUAAAUUAGGGGGUUGUGGCAGAAACAGCCCACCGUAGAUUUAUAGAGGUGAUGUAAAGUAUGCCAGGAUGGAGUAGAACUUUUUGUAAACCAAACACUAUUCUUGGCACACCUCUGGUGUUAGUGAACAAAAUAAAGCGCUAUCAUUGCUCAAGUUGCCUUUGACAGUAUCUUAAUGAUCUUUUAAAAGGAUGAUUCUUGAAAACUUGCAUUAAGUUACAACUGUUGAACUUUUUUUUUUCCUGUGUGGAAGUCUUACGAAACAUGUUGUCUAGAUACUUACUGCAACUUGAACCUGUACCUUGUCUACCCCCAUAAAUUGUUGUGUAAAAACAGCAGCAGCUUGUUUCAGUGUGAUACCUGGUUUAUUUUUAUCUGCCUGUUUAUGAUCAGAUGUUUUCUCCCUGCAGAUGUUGAGCGGUUGCAUAUCUCCGCAUAUGUCAUCUGUGUUUUUAAGGAUGUUCCACAGAUUUUUGAUCGGACAUCAAUGCUCUGCUGUUAUUUUGAAGUAAAUUUUAUUUUAAAAUGGA